AUGGAACCCCACCAUAGUGUCCCCGGUCAAAUCGCUCACAGCCCCUACAGCCUAGAAACCAACAGCAUUAAGUUCAGUCCCGGAGAUCAGAUCAAAGUCACCCUUUUCGGAACAUCGUAUUUUGAGGGCUUUCUACUUCAGGCCAGAGAUGCAGCCAAUAAGAGCUUGGUAUCCACAGUUGGCACCUUUACCCUGACCAAUCUGAACAAGACACAGCUGCUCACCUGUAAUAAGCACCAGGGUUCAGCAGUGAGCCAUACGAGUGAUGCCAGACAGACAGAGGUUGUUGUCAUCUGGAAUGCUCCUACAUAUGCUCCCAGACAGGUUCAGUUUUUUGUGACUGUAGUGAAACACUACAAUCUAUUUUGGGUGAAGCUGCCUGGGCCAGUCAUCUCUCAGGAUGGUGUUACUCCCCACCCACCUCAGUGGGGCACUACGCCGCCUCCAGUACAACCUACAACCACAGCCUCCAUCCUGCCUGGGCUUGUGAGUGUCACAACAUUUGGACUUCUGACUUUUACCUCUGAGGGAUGUGGCCAGUCAAAAUCUUGCCUGCUCGAUCCUCCAGGCUGUGAUCCAAAAGAUCCUCAUUGUUUCUUCCUGUCCAUGACUACAGAGGGACCAGACAAAACGUCUAUGAUAUUUGAGCUGAGUGGCCCAGCUGAGGGAUACAUUGCCUUUGCACUGUCCUGGGACAAAUGGAUGGGUAAUGACGAUGUGUAUAUGUGUGUAAAAGAUGGGGAUAGAGUAUUGGUGAGUGCUGCCUUCGUCAGUGGACGGACACACCCUGAGGACCAGUCUGAGUCUGUCCUCUCCUCAGUGUCAUGGCGGCUGGCAGACGGAUAUAUUCAGUGCAGGUUAAGUAGACCAGUCAAACUGACUAAUCAGAAAAGAGCCCUCUAUGAUCUGGACAAAGACUACUUUUUGUUUCUAGCCAACGGACAUGCUCAGUACGGUAAAGUGUGGAAACAUAGUCAGCAGCCAUUAAUCUCCAGCCACAGAAAACAUAUCACUGGACCACCAGAGAUCCUCAGAGGCUCCCGGGCACCCAUCAUUAUGAAAAUGCAUGGUGCACUAAUGCUGUUAGCCUGGAUGCUAACAGGAAGUGUUGGUACCUUCAUUGCCAGCUUUUACAAACCUGAUUGGCCAAAUCAAACUGUCUUCGGCCAGAAAAUCUGGUUCCAGGUUCAUCGAGGCCUAAUGAUUCUAACUAUGACUCUGACCGGUGUAGCCUUCUGCCUCCCAUAUUUCUACAGGAAAGGUUGGAGCAAGCAUGCAGGUGUCCAUCCAUACCUCGGUUGUUGUGUUCUAACAUUAUCUCUGACUCAACCAGUGAUGGCUGCGAUCAGACCAUCAUCUGACUCACACAGUAGAUAUAUCUUUAACUGGGGCCACUGGGGAGUUGGGUCUGUGUCUGAGAUCCUAGCAGUGGCAGCCAUGUUCCUGGGGAUGCGUCAAUCAUCACUGCUCCUCCCCCAGCCAUGGGCAACACAUGUUCUGAUUGGCUAUGUGACAUGGCUGGCCUUAUUCAGGUUCCUCCUCCUGAUGCACAGGCACAUUUACAUCAAAAAACGUAUGAAAACUUGA